CUCGUUUAAACUGGAGAUAUACAUCAAGAAUUCAACAUGCUCUCAUUCUAGUCCUGAGUUAAGACCGGAGAUUAUCAACCAGUCCUGAUCCACUGUGCCAAAGGAGUUGAAAGGAGUUGAAAGGAAUGAGUUGAGAGAGAAAAUAUUCUGCGAUGUUGUUCCGACGAGUCAUGUUUCUAUGGGAGAUAAUGUCAGGGAUGUGUAUUUCUAACCAGAGGUUACGAGAUCGUCUUCAGUAUGUUCUGGAGGAAGUCACAGAUCCAUACUUUACAUCAACACCGGAGCAGAGACAGGCUGAGGUGGGUAAGGAUGUAAGCUUCCACUGCUCUGUGGAGAAUAUUGGAACUAGCACCUUGAUAUGGAAGAAAGAGAACAGGAUAAUCAGUGCUGGGACAACCAUUAUUAGGAAGGACAAACGUUUUAGCUUGUCCGGAUACAAUUUGACUCUGCAUGACGUGGACGUGAGGGAUGAAGGAGAGUAUGUAUGUGAAGUUGAGACGUAUACGACUCCUAUCCGACAAAUAAGUUUACUCCAGGUUCUUAUACCACCCUCAGUUGCUCCGCAUCCAGAGAACUCAUAG